CCUCGCCUCAACAAGGUGACACCAGCGGGUCUCAAAACGCUGCGGAUUGGUAUGGCGAUUUCUACCAAUUUGCUCUUCUGCCGUUUUUCCUUCUUUUCUUACGGUGCUCAAUUCUAACAGGUAUUUCCCAUCCUCGUGCUAUUAAAGGACGGUGACUUGCUCGUCUCGGACUGUUCAGCGGACAUUUCCUCUCCCACCUUAUCCUCCCUCUACUACCCUCCUCAGUCCUCACUAUAGCUUCGAAUCUUCUUACUUCAUAUUAUCCUUGAUCAAUCACAAUCUCUUUCAAGCCCACCUUGUCUCUUCUUUCCGCCAGCAUGUCUGCCAACGGAACCAGUUCUUACCAUGCGUCCUCCACGCAGGAGGCCAUCCAGGCGGAGAAGGAGUUCGCAGCCCACAACUACCACCCUCUCCCUGUUGUCUUCGCUCGUGCUCAGGGCACCUCCGUUUGGGAUCCUGAGGGCCGCCACUACCUCGACUUCCUGUCGGCGUACUCUGCCGUCAACCAAGGCCAUUGCCAUCCCAAGUUGGUGGCUGCACUUGUCGACCAAGCCUCGCGAUUGACCUUGAGUUCCCGGGCCUUCUACAAUGACGUAUUCCCCCGUUUUGCCGAAUUCGUCACCAAGUACUUCGGUUUCGACAUGGUUCUGCCCAUGAACACAGGAGCGGAAGCCGUGGAAACGGGAAUCAAGAUUGCUCGCAAGUGGGGCUAUAAGGUUAAGGGCAUUCCGGAGAACCAAGCCGUUGUUCUGAGCGCGGAGAAUAACUUUCACGGACGUACUUUCGCCGCCAUUUCCCUGUCUUGCGAUCCCGAGUCGCGCGAAAACUACGGUCCGUAUCUGCCAGGUAUCGGAUGCACAAUCCCUGGAACCGAUAAGCCCCUCAAGUACAAUGACAAGGCAGCCCUGCGGGAGGCCUUUGAGAACGCGGGACCCAACCUUGCCGCUUUCCUGAUAGAGCCUAUUCAGGGCGAAGCAGGCAUUGUCGUUCCCGACGAUGACUAUCUGCGGGAGGCGAGAGCUCUGUGUGAUAAGCACAAUGUCCUGCUCAUCUGUGAUGAGAUUCAGACGGGUAUUGCCCGUACAGGCAAACUGCUCUGCCAUGAGUGGAGCGGAAUCAAGCCCGACCUGGUUCUGCUGGGCAAGGCUAUUUCCGGUGGCAUGUACCCCGUCUCUUGUGUCUUGGGUCGCAAAGACGUCAUGCUCACCAUUGAGCCUGGCACCCACGGUUCCACCUACGGCGGUAACCCUCUAGCCUGUGCUGUGGCUAUCCGAGCCUUGGAGGUCGUUCAGGAGGAACACAUGGUUGAAAGAGCCGAGGAACUCGGUCACGUCCUUCGCAAGGGCCUGGAGGCUAUCCGGAGCCCAAUUAUCCAAACCGUUCGUGGCAAGGGAUUACUCAAUGCGAUCGUCAUUGACGAGUCCAAGACCAAUGGACACACUGCUUGGGAUCUCUGUAUGUUGAUGAAGGAGAAGGGCUUGUUGGCCAAGCCAACCCAUCAGAACAUCAUUCGCCUUGCUCCUCCUCUUGUGAUCACUGAAGAAGAGAUCCAGAAGGCACUGGAGAUCAUCGCAGAGGCUGUUUCUGAGCUCCCAAACCUCAAGGGUGAGGCAGAGGACAAGGUCAUCCCAGGCCCAGAGAAGAAUGUCAAGAUGAGCCUUGACAAUUAAGGAGAGUUUGGCAAAGUCUUUCGAGUUCCUUGGAAGUAAGGGACACCCACCGCACAACGCAUUAAGCGAUUGACCACGGGCUUCUAGUCCUUCGUCCGCUAUGCAAGUGUGAACGCAACCCGACCAGAGACGGUAAUGUCUGCUGGCCGCUGGAAGUGGAGGAAUGAGACACUGUCACGCUCAAGGCGACGAAAGUACUCAUUCGACACUCGAUGGUUUGCUUAUUUCCCAUAAGGAUGGGACAACAACUUGAUGCCAGUUAUGAAUGAACUAGUCUAUGUUUGAUAGUGAGGCU